AUUUAUGGAGAUGAUGAGCUGGUUCGCUUGAAGAGGAAGUCCACAAUUCGCCCGUCACUCCCGGAUGAAUUCGCCGACACUGGCUACUCUGAGCUGAUGCGCUACAUGCUGUCGUCUUGGAGCCAAUUCAUGUCAGACAGGCCGGGACAGGACGGUAAGGUCCGCAAAAAAGUCACGUGGAAGAAGCGUUUACAGCAGCUGGCAGCCGUUGUGGAUCAUGGCCGCCAAAAGGAGGCAAUCAUGAGCCAAUACGGUGGCCAUGAGCUUUAUGCUGCCGUCACGGGCACUUACUGGCUCCGAAAGGUGGCUUUUGCUUCGCUGCUCUUGCCGAGAAGUGAAGAAGAGCUCAUGGCCACAAUCCUUGGCAUCGUCGGCCCCACCCGCCUGUAUCCUGCCAUACGGCGAUGUCAACUUAAUCAAGCUUGUACCUGCCAGUUCGUCGCAUGUUCUCCGACGUCCCGGGCGCAUGGUCAACUUGCAGCAUUGGAGCUGCGUUCGAAGCGCUUCGACUGGCCGGAAUCGGAAGCCUUGUCCACAGUUGCAGCAACUGGCGUGGAGUAUUUGGGUCUGGAGGGUGUUGGGGCUUUCAGAAACCCGUCGUUUUGGCUUCGGGUAUUCCCUGCCAUCAAAGUGUUGCAGUGCAGCCUUGGAAGAUCGUUGCGAAGUAUUGGGAAUGUGACGACGCUCCUCAAAGGCUGGCAGGACACGCUACUGGGUAUCACCCUCACUUGGGACGACUGGCCAGGCGUUGGCGAGGCACCAGAUGAGCUCCUCGAAUCUAUUUGCUUGCUGAAGAAGCUCAGGCGCUUGGAAUUGGGCGGACAUAUCAGUCGGUUGCCUGCAUGUUUGGGUCAGCUACCUUUGAUCGAACUGGAAGUUCGAGGAUUGCAGUUUAGGGACGAUUCUGCUCUUCCACCGGCUCUGUCAUCUUUGGGUGAGACGCUUGUGAACUUCGUCGGCUUCUCGCAGGGGGUGGACCGAAGUUGCAACCGCCUUGCUCCUUGGAAUAGGACGUCUCCAUCCUUCUUGACGAAGUGUCGUGCGAGGCCUUCGUGGGAUAAGGGGGCGCCCAUAGAUUCCUCAGAGGAAGAUGCUUGGGCGUGGCAAUGCCCCUGGGAGGCUUGGGUAGCCAGAUUGGAUCAUCCAAGGGCACCCUGGUGGUUUUGGCAUAAGAUAGAGCGGUUCUGGGUCGAUGCAAACUUCCUGCACGGCUCAUUCCCAGAUGCUUUAGCAGAGGCUUGGCCGAGACUGCGCAGCCUUGACCUUCAGUUGAACGAGCUCUCAGGACCUUUGCCCGGAGCAGCCCUAUCAAAACUGCAAAACCUCACCGCUCUCAGAGUGCAGCGCAAUAACUUCUCAGGAAGGGUGCCGGCUGUGCUUUUCGAUGCUCCAAGCUUACGCUACACGAACUUCGAAGGGAACACUGAGCUCAGUGGCUGCAUCCCCUGGACAAAGGAGAAGCGAGGUUCGUCUAUACUGCAACUGCCCAUCCAGGGAACCAAGAUUACAGGCCUGUGCAGAAGGAGUACGACGGAGGGAAUGGAGCUUUGA